UAAUGGGAUUAUUCCAGAGGAAAACAAGGUGGACUGACGGAGACUAGCUCACGUCCAACACCCACAACAACAACACGAAGGGGCCGCACAGAUUAGAUACAUUUAUGUACCCGUGUAUCUCUUCAAAACAUUUCACCGACUGGAUCACCAUGCAUCACCCAGCUCCCACAAGCAGUGAUCUGGGGUUUCUGCCAGCCAUGUAUUCAUUUUCAGGCCCCACAAGCCUUCCUGAAUUUGACCUCGGAUCUCCAAGCACGUCUGGUCACCUUCAGAGAGCAACUCUAUCUAACAACAGCUGGGAGACCAGAUCCCUUAGAAAGCACAGGAGGAGAGUUGAAGAUGAGGCAUGCACUGCUAAAAGAAGGAGGCUAAUGUUCGAGGCAGAAGCGGACAUUUCAGAGAAGUCAAACACUAGCCCUCGUCAUGACUGGCCUACAGUCAACAGCUGCCCUCCUGUGCCUGCACUUCCGCAGCCCUGUCCUGCAUCUCAGAUCUUGACUUCGCGGCAGCCCUCCUCUGCUCUUCCCCGUCCUGAGGUAGAGAGCUCCUGCAUGGAGAUAGAGUCGGCUCAGAGGAAACUUCAGGAGAUCGAAGACAGAAUAACACUGGAGGAUGAUGAUGAGGAUGAAGAUCUGGAUUUGGAGCCAGCCCCGAGACGGCCGGUGUUGGUGAUCUCUGACAGUUUGAAGGAGGGUCUACAGCGCGGCAUCAGCGACAUCCUACCGCACACGGUAGCCCAGUCUGUGAGCCAUUCCUGCAUGGAGUUGGUGUUGUGGCGGCCGCCAGACGAUCCCUUCUGUCGCAAGCGAAAGGGCUCAUUACAGAAACAACGUAAACAACAGACAGUAUCUCGGCAACCCCCAACUCCAUGUCCAUCUCCCGCCCCUCACAGUCCUCUCAGCCCCUCCAGUCCACCUGCAGACACAAAAUCUGCUCUGUACAGCUUUCCUGUGGCCCACAGCUCUGGAGAGGAGGACAUGGAAAUGUAAUAGUUCUUGUUGGCUUGAAAAGCCAUGCCAAAGUAAAAGACUUGAAAUGAAGUCGCACAAAAGACUAUAAAGGACUCAGGACCACUUGAGGUUGGUCAGUUUGGCAAGGCAUAUUGGCUUAACACGUAUAUUGUGCUGUUUUGGACUGUUUGUGCAACACAUUUUCUGUUUGUCGACCAUAAUCCCAAGCAACUAUAUGUAACAUGUAGCAAAAACGUUGACCUAAUUAUUCAGCUUUAUUCAAGACAACUGUCAUGAUAUCAAGACCUUGACAAGUUCUAUUGACAGUGUUACAUAACCAAUUUUUUCCCCAAUUACCAGAAUAUACCCAUGCCCUUAGAUAUUAGAUCAUUUGUGAAUUAUUUUGCCAAAGCCUGGCCAACAACACACUGAUUAACUGUAAAUAUGAAGUUCUUUGUUAAACAUCAGUGUGAAGCAUCUGAAUUUUGUACAGUUUUUAUGUUCAGCUUCUGGGCAUCGUUAACAGGACACGCAAUGUUGUUCCUGCCUGUUUUCACAUUGGCUCACAGCAUGACUUCCUGCUUGCUGUUGUACUUGUUGUGGUAGAAAUAUUAUCUUCAGUGCUUGGUAAGUACGCCAUCUUUGAGCUUUGAGAAAUUUGUUAAGAAGUCAUGGAAAUGCACCUUUUGGAUGAUUUGAUUGUAUUUUCAUAUAUACAUUACCACAAUUGCUACCAGCCA